GUUCAGACAUUCCAGCCCAUCAAACCCCCCCAGUGAGGUUUUACGACCCUCAGGGUGACAGUCUAUAUUAGCAGAGCUGUCAGCAGAGUGCGGCUGCAGAUCCCUCAGAUUAUCACCAGGGAAGGACGUUUGAAGCAGUUUGAAGAUGAGCAGCGACAGGAACCCCGAGGUGGUCGGUUGUGAUGCCUCCAUCAUGAAGAACGUCUGGGAGAUCAGGGUGCGGGACUUCAAUCAGAAAUUGGAUUUGGAGCAGAAACGACUGAGCAAGAGCGCUUUGCCUGUUAUUAACCAGGACUGGGCUAACCGUAUGACAGCCAAAAAGACAGGAUACAAAAGAGUUGAGAAGAAAGCUAAGCCCUCUGAAGAUCAGACAGACGCUGAUGUGUGGAAGAGCAAGCAGCCUUUGGCUCCUCGUGUUACUCCUCCUCGGGCUGCAGGCGCAGGUGUGCUUGGGAGAACAGGUGUGCAGGGCAGAGGCUCCUCCACUGCAGCUCCAAGUUACAAGGAAAAAAAGGCACAAGGCAAGACUUUCUCAAAGUUACAGUUACUAGUGAGCAUCGACCAAACUCAGCCUUCAAAUCUGGUCUGGGGGAAAGCAUGGAAAUACAACAAGUCCUUGCCAUCAGCAGAUGGUGGUUCCACUGCCAAUUUAGACUGGGGCCAGCCCUGGAUGUUUGUUACCCAUCAACCCAGUUCUGAAGCAGACAAGCCAUGGUCAGAUGAACCAAGAAUGGUUGACCCACAGGACUUCCACAUGUGGAGAAAACCCGACUACAAAAAUACUGAACCAAAGUAUCUAGAUGUGAGUCUUCCCAUAGAGGACUGGCAGAGAUCCUGGAAUCUAUCAGAUAAAAUUAAGAGGGAUUCUUCCGAGGACAAGAAUUCCCCCAAACAAGGAUUCUUCACAAUGUUGAUAGAAACACAACAUCGGAAUGAAGCAUUGUCUUCAUCGGAGUGGAUGGAUUCAUGGCAGUCAAUCAAAGCUCAAGAUCAGCAUGAUCAUGCAACUACUCAAAGUGAUAAUUUACUGAGACAGUCGGACAUGCAAGAAAAUUAUGAAGAAAUAAGUCCAGAAUGGAAGGAAAGUUGGAUGCUUGUCAACCAUCACGGAGACAGUAAUUUUAAAUCACCUCUAUUUGAAAACGUUAACAGUCCAGAGUGGACCAAAUCAUGGAGAAUAGCUCAGACAGGCUUCAGACCAUCUGACAGUGCCAAUGCUGAUGAUCUGUAUAACCAUGGUCAGCAGAAAGACUCCCAUGCUCUAACAACUAACUAUAGGACUUCCAGAGAUCACUACAAAGAUCUGACACAUCUUUAUACUGAAUUUCAAGGGGAGAGUCAGUGGAACAACUCUUGGCAAGUGCUAAAAAACAACUCCAAACCAUGUGAAGAUAUUAAUAAAGUCCUGAAGGCUGCAAAACCAGAAGAAAAUGCUCUUUCUGCUGAAAAAAAUGUGGCAAAGAACCAAAUGGGGGUUUGUUCAGCAGAUAAAGUCGACCCCCUGUACGAUCAACUAAAACACGAAGUGAUAUAUCAGAUGAAAAGGGAAAUGAUGAAGUCCAAACUGCUUCUUCUUGCUCAGCUCCAAAAAACUCAGCUUUCCUCAGACUGGAAAGAGUCUUGGAAAACACUAAAACAUAGAAUAAGAGAAGAGAGGAGGAGACUGAAAUCAGAUCUUCUGAAACCUCUAAUUGAGUCUGAGAAGCAAGAGGCCAAAAAGCCUAAUGCCUCUGAGUGGAAAUCAUCAUGGAAGUACUCCUGUCAGCAGCUGAAUCAACAGCCUGACCUGUGGCAGGAGGGUUGGUCCACUGUACCACCAGUCCGUAGAAAUAUGGAGAGGCACCCAAGUGAGUUUUCACCAGAGGAAUUCCCAAAGAAUGGACCAGCAAAGGAACAGAUUUGGAAAGAAUCUUGGAAAUUUUCCAGAAGUCAGUAUCGGUCAGAAGCUGGACAGAGCAAAGAAAAAGUCCCUAAAGGGACGCAACAUGUUUCUUCAUACAAUCUUGAGAGGUCAUGUGACCACGAAAGACAUCCAGCUUCCACGUCUGACUGGCAGGAAGCCUGGAUGGUGUCAGAAACUCAGUACCACCAUGAUAAACCAUCACUGACACAGUGGAGGGAGGCCUGGAGGUGUUCUAUCUUCCAUACUCAACACGUGGCUGAACAAGGGUCUGAAGACAAGUGGGUGAAUGGAAUAGCGGAAAUCCAGCCCCUGAAAAACCUGCUGUCCUCAGAGAAUGUUAAAGCUAAAAUGAGCCGCUCUUUUGAUGAGAAGAUGUUUAGGCAACGUUACCCUGAGAAAGACUGGAGUUCCUCGUGGAGCGCAAGGCCUCUUCUUAAUAGUCAAUCAAGUUUUUAUGGAUCUGGUAAUGGUGCUCAGCAGCAACGUGAUCUGAUGGAUGGAUCUAGGUGGGGACACUGGUUCAGAGUCGCCAACCCUAUGCCACACUUGGAAAGGCCCUGGUUGGACUCCUGUUCUAAUCCUAUCCACUACUCAGUUAUGUGGCAAAGAGAAAAGAAGAAUCUCAAUAACACCAAAUCCAACGCAAGCAUUACUGCUGCCAAUUUUCACAGCUGGGCAAACUCUCAGUGUUUCAUGCAGAAUGCACAGCGCAAGGGGAAGAGUAAGUCUAGAGAGCCCAUUGACCCGAGAGUGAUUUUCCAAAAAAAGAUCAGAACAAAGAAGCAAUUGUACUCUGAAUUUGAAAAGCAGAAACAGUCAGAUAGGAAAUGGGUAGGGUGCCACUUAUUGGGUAAGACCCAGCCUCGUCCCAAGAAGGGACGUGCUUCGACCAAAAAGCCUGAACCAGUAACCGAGGACAAGUUCUUUGAAGAAUGGGUAGAAUCCUGGAGGUUCCUGGUCCAGCCUGAAUCUCUGAAAAAGCAGAGGUCCUUGAAGCCACUCUUGGGCUGGAAUGAGUCAUGGAAACUCCUCAUUCCACCUUAUUAGAUGUAUUGGAUCUCCAGUUUGAUCCUUCCACAAGGCUCUGAUGACAAUGGUCUGACUGAAAUGUUACCAAGUUUGCUUCUAUUUUCAUCUUUUUCAUGUAAAAGUUAAGAAUGUAGUUUUUGAAAGUUGUAUAGAACUAAAGUUAAGAGACGUAAAUUAGGAUUUAGAGAGUAAGAUGAAGGAAAAGCAAGACAAGAUGGAAGAAGGCAAGUGCUCAAGUAUGAAUGGUGAUUUGGAAAAUGAGAACCUUUUGGAGAAAGGAUAAAAAUAAGUGCUGUCUUGUAUCCACAGUCGAUGUUAUUCACUUAUCUUGAAUAAAGAACUCAAAGAACAGCAAAAAAACCCUAAAA